ACAUAACCUCAUUUUUGUGUUUAACUUCUCAUUAAAAACAACUUUGAAAAAAGUGAUUAAAAACUAAUUAAAACUAUGUCGAAAACGAUUGGAAGAUUAAAGAGUUUAAAGAAAGUGGCCGACAAGGUGAAUCACACAUCGAAAUUGAAGACAAAUAUCCCUGCUGGGAUGGCAGUUGCCAGUCCACCUCUUGGUCCCAUGUUGGGACAACGAGGAAUAAAUAUUGCUGCCUUUUGCAAGGAUUUUAAUGAACGAACAAAGGACAUGAAGGAAGGAAUUCCUCUUCCCUGUCGUGUCUCUGUGAAGUCCGACAGGUCCUAUGAAUUGGUCAUUCAUAAUCCACCCUGUACUUUCUUCGUGAAGCAAGCAGCUGGCAUUCAAAAGGGUGUCAUGAGUCCCGGACGAGAAAUUGGUGGGAAGAUCACCUUGAAGCAUGUGUAUGAGAUUGCUAAAAUCAAAUUACAAGAUCCACCAAAUGCUCUGCUCACACUCGAGCAGAUGUGCAACAUGGUGAUUGUAGCUGCCCGGACGUGUGGUAUUCAAGUAGUUCGGCAUUUGGAUCCUGAGGAAUAUGCACAAUUUCUAGAAGAUAGAAAACUUGUUGUUGAAGAACAGCGCAAGGAAUUACAAGAGAAGAGGGAAGCUAAGAUGCUCCGGACGGGUUAAUUAUUAAAGAUUUUGUAUAGUCAGUCAUAUUAAAUUUAAUUAGAAUAAAAAUUAUUACGGAUUUA